GAGAGGAAAAAUGCAUGCGCUCAAGAGCGAGAUGAAUAUGUACGGCCAAAUGAUGCUGACGCUGUAGAAGCAAGGGCAAUGAUAUUGAUCAGUUUUAUUGGUACUAUAUCACUUAAUUUUAUGAAGUCGCGAGUUUUGGUGGCGAUGCCUCUACUGAAUGUAGUUCCAACUUCUCAUUUUCAAACCAAUGUGAAUCAUUCAAUGGCAGACUGGACAGGGAAUAUUAACAGCAACAUUAACAACAAAACCAACAACAGCAGCAGUAGUAUGCAUGAGGAUGCGAACAGUACAGCGGCUGUGAACGCUUGUCGCCUGAUGGAUUCAAUAAUGACAACACCCACAUGGAACCAUAGCAUCUUUACAGAUUCUGUCCAACUCUUUUCAACAGACCUUCUUAGGGAAGCGGAAGAACCUCAACAGAAACGAUACCACCAGACCAUUAGUGGGACCAAAACGCUAGAAACCAUCUUUUCAGAAAUUCAAGAGGCAUUGUAUGCAGCACAACAACGACUUGAAUCAAAACUUGGCGAGGUGCCAUAUAAUGCCAACUAUAUAUCAUCAUCAAUAUCGUUAAAGCUGGAUCAGAACAUGAAAGCCUCUUUUGAUCGGGCGACAACAGAACUUAUUCGAUCCAUGCAAAAGUUUGAAGAGUUGUAUGAACAAGAAUUAUCGCAAUCUAUCACAGCAUAUCACCACCGCCAUCAUCUUUGCAAUGAGAGUGGUGAUGUAACGCAAUUAAGCAGCAAGCAACAGCAACAGGAAACCGUACCAGCAUACAUUUUGUCUUCUAGGUUUGGGUGAGGCUGCGAGUUCACUUAAUAUGGAACAGAAUCUACUUUUGAGUAUGUUGAAUGAUACUCAUGAAUUACAGAAAUCGCUUGUGUCCCUCAUAAGCCCAUCCUCUGAAACUCAGCAAAACAUCCAACAAGCCAAGAAGGAUUUGCUCCGCGGCACAGACG